AGCAGAUUAAAUCAAUCUUUAGCGUCAGAUGAAGAUGACAAUUUCACAAUCCCGAGACGUGUUACUGAAGAAGACGGAUUUCGCGACUUUCUUGAAGUGAAAGCUAGGCUGAUUUGUCCCUAAUUUGCAAAAUUAUGUGUGGGUAAAAGUGGCUGUAAAAAUGUUUUCUCGGAAUAUUGGCCGUUUAGUAAAAUACAGCCUUUACGGUAGCGUGGGCAUAGGCGGCACCGUUGGUUUUCUGAAGGCGCAAGAUGAUGAUAUCGCAGCACUUACUGUUGUCAGGGUCAUUAGAACCGCUACUACUGCAGUGGAAAUCGGGAGGAUAUACCAAACCAUGUUAUAUAGCAAAGAGUGGGAUACGGAAUCUGAGGAAUAUUUGCAGUUGAGAAGUCAAGCUCAUCAGUUCAGUGCUGAAAAACUACUUGACCUCUGCAUAGCUAAUAGAGGAAUUUAUAUAAAGCUUGGACAACACGUCGGUGCACUAGAAUAUUUGGUUCCAAAUGAGUACGUGAAAACUAUGCAAAUUUUACAUAAGAAUGCACCUAAAAAUACUGUUCAGGAGUUAAAUCAAGUAAUAGAAGAAGAAUUCAACAAGAAGGCUGAUGAAUUGUUUGAUGAUUUUGAACCUGAGCCCCUUGGCACAGCCUCUUUAGCACAAGUCCACAAAGCAAAACUAAAAGAUGGUACUGUUGUAGCUGUGAAAGUCCAACAUCCUUUUGUUAAGAACAAUUUUGACAUAGACCUGAAAUGGAUAGAAUUUGUGUUGAAAACUAUGAUGAAAAUAUUCCCAGAAUUCAAAAUGCAAUGGUUGAUAGAUGAGACCAAGAAGAAUAUAAAAAAGGAACUAGAUUUUUUACUAGAAGGAGAAAAUGCAGAAAAAGUAGCUGAGUUAUUCAAACAUUAUAAAUGGUUGAAAAUACCAAAAAUAUAUAGAGAAUACAGCACAAGUAGAGUUCUAGUAAUGGAGUAUAUACAAGGUGGGAUGAUCAAUGAUUUGAAAUAUAUUGAAGAGCACAAAAUAAACAAAUUUGAUGUGUGCGAGAAAAUUGGCGAUCUAUACUCAAACAUGAUAUUUGUGACUGGGUUUGUGCACAGUGAUCCGCACCCUGGCAACAUUAUGGUGAUCAAAGAGCCAAAAGACAAAGAAGUCACUCUCUGCUUGUUGGACCAUGGUUUAUAUGCUCAAUUAACUGACGAAUUUAAAUACCACUAUUCAAAACUAUGGUUGGGUAUUCUGUCCCGGAACACAGAAGAAAUGAGGAUACACUCAGAGGCUAUAGGAAUAAGGAAGGAACUGUAUGGCCUGUUUGCGUGUAUAGUAACCGGACGCACGUGGGAAGCAAUUUUACAAGGAAUAAACAGGACAAAUCCAUCUCCGCAUGAGAAACGAAUUUUCCAAGAACAUUUGCCCAGCUUCAUUCAUCACGUGACACACUGCUUGGAGCAAGUGGACCGCCAAGCAUUAUUGGUGUUCAAGACCAAUGAUUUGAUACGCAGCAUAGAGUAUGCGUUGGGGACGGACAAGAGAAUGUGUGGAUCGAUUGUGAUGACCAAAUACUGUCUGCAAAAUGUCUACCAGUAUGAUUGUAGGCAUGUGUCUUCAGUCGUCAGAAGACCUUUAUUGGCGAUAAAAUAUAGAUGGUCGUUAGUAUUACUAUAUUUCUUUAAUUUAUAUCUAGCGUUAAUAGAAAAAUGGAAUAAAUGUGUUAAUUGUUCUUGAAAUAUUGAUAGACAGCCUUAGAGAAUCUAAUGUACCAAAGUGAUGGACCCUUAUUUUAAUCAAGACUAAACUAUUAUUUUUUUAUAUUACUACCUGGGUUGUAUGUAUGAAAUGUUAGGAAAUGUAGGAGAUUUAUAAGCUAAUCAUUAUUUUAAAUCAAUGACUUUAUCCAGAAACUUAUCUUUGCGAAGAACUUUUACUGGUUUCAGAAGACAGAUCUAUGUUUGUAUAUUUUUUUAUGAGAAAUAGGCCAGAAUUAUUGUAAACAAAAAAUAAUAUACAAAGGCGUUCUUAUGCCAUUUGGGGGUUACUAUCAGUUUGUUUUGAAAGUUUUACUAGAUGUGAAGGCGACGCCAUCAAUAAACAACGGAUAUUUAAAAGAUAUUGAAGAACUUUUAUAGAAUGCAAUGCUCAGCAUUUAACCAACAAUCUCUGGCUCUCUGUUGGUGCCAAAAUGGCGGUGAUCUGUGUGCGUUCUUUAGUCAGUCAGUGUGAUAGCUAGCCAUGCACACAAAGGGAUUUUAUUCAUACAUCAUAAUUUCAUUGGAAUGCUAUUCGGUACCUUUUUUGACCGACAGUUUACGUUUGUUUUGAUCUUGAACGUGAGAUUAGCUUAAGUGCCUUUAAAGUUACGCACAUCUAGUCUGUUAAUUCCAAUAAAUUACCUUGUGCUGUUUAUAAAUACACUUUGAUAUUCCAUCCGAAUCGUUUAUAAGUCUGGACUUAUUUAGCUAAGCCAAUAAUAACAAAAGUCGGUGGAACCUAGAAAUAAUUAAUAUACCUGUGUCAUUAACAUUUUACCUCAGGUAGGAUGGUAAAAAACAACCAUGUUGAUUUUAGCUCAAUUUGUUGGCUAUAAAUAGCUUAAAGCUGUAGUUAAAAUCCUAGUCAAAUAAAGCGAAAUAUACCUCAUUCGGUAUAAACCUAGAAAUGUAAAUAAGAAUCAGAAUGUCACAAAAUGUAAACUUAUUUAUUGUAGUUAAUGUUCUAUUUAUAUACGUAAGUUAUAUUUUGAAAUAAAAUAUUUAUUUUUGGUA